AAUGCUGUCUGCCUUGAGAAAUCAAGUUCUCAGGACCAGGGAGUGAAUGCUGCUUUUCUUCUAGAUUCUAGGUAAGCUACAGUUUUUUCAGUCUUUUGGAAUGUACCGUUUCUCUUCCACACUUCAUCUCAUCAGAGUGACUUCUGUUUCCUGUGGGAUUUCAGUUCUUUUUCUUUGCCAGAUAAGGAGAGAAGUAAAAUUUCAUUGAAAAGUCAUUCAUACACAGCAUGUGCAUAUUAAACACCAAUUGUGUGCUUAGCACUACUCUACCUCCUAGGGAAAGAACAUCAGAUAAAACAAACACACUUCCCAUAUUUUAGCAGUAGAUAAUAAAUUAGUAAGUGAAUUAUAUAAUAACUUAGAACAUAAUAAGUGUCACUGAAGAAAAAAUUAAAAGGGAGAUGUGUAGUAUUGGGACAUGGAGGCAAUUCACAAUUUUAUUUAAGGUGGUCAAAAAAGGUCUCCCUGAAAAGUGGUAUCUGAAAAGAUAGUCAUUGAAGGGAUUAAGAGAACCACACAGGAGGGAAUAAACAAGAAGGAAGGAAGGGAUGAAUCUAAUUAAGAUAGGUUGUAAGCAUUUAUGUUAAGACACAGUGUACCCCCUGUACAACUAUAAUAGGCUAACAAAAAGAGAGAGAGAACCAUACACAUACCUGGAGGAAGAAAACCAGGGGCUGAAGAAAGGAAGAGCAAAAGCCUGAGUGGAAUAUGUCUGGAUGGGAACAGCUAGGAAGCCAUCAUGGCUGGAUUAGAACCUGUAAAUAGAAGAAGAAAAUCAUUAAGAGAGACAGUGACAGGGACAGGCAGUGGAACUCAAGUAGGGCCUCUUGGGCCAUUGUGAGGACUUGAGGAAACCACUGAAGAGAACAGAAGAACAUAAUCUGGCUGUUAGCAGAAUCACACUUGCUACCAGGUUGAGACAAAAUUUAGGGAAGGCAGUGAUAGAACUGCUGGUAUGAUAUCCUUGUGAAGAAAAAGGGUGGAAUCAAGUACACAGAUGGAAAGAUUGUCCUUAGAUUGAGCAAGGGUAGUUUGUCAUCCAUGUUUAAAGGAAGGAAUGAUGGAGUGCUUGUCUACCCAUUUUAGAGGUUGGUUGAGGUGGUGGGAGCAUGUAGAAGGGUGUUUUUUUGGUUUUUUGGUUGUUGAUGUUUUUUGGUGUAUGUGUGUGUGUGUUUCAUUGUUUUUUUCUUCCAUUUCCUUAGUAAAAUAGAAUGUAAAAUCAUCAGCUUAUACUCCUUAGGUGAAGGAUGGCAAUGCUAAAUGUAUGAGAAGAGGGUCAAACAUGAAAAGAUCACUGAAGAGAGUUUGAAAGUACCAAGUAAGAAACUAAUGUAUAUGAUGCUGGAAACUUGUAAAGGCAAACUGCUUGUGACUGAAAGGCUUGAAGUAGACUUCCCUUCCAAGUUCUUGUCAAGAAAAUGACUAUGAAAGUAAUGAUGGGUCAAGAAGACCAGUGGAAAACUCCCUAGGAGACAGCCAUAGAAAAUGUACACUUCAGAAGAGAGAUGUAAUCAGAGAACUCAAAAAAGGAAAUUUUAUCAUGUAUGCCCUCAGAAGGGUAAAAAGAUUUAUAUUCAUGUACAUGAGAUUACUCAAAUAGAUAAUCAAAUAUACCAGUGCCUUGAACGUGAAGAAAACUUUUGUGAAAACUUAGCACUUAUUAUGUGUGAGAGAACCCAUACUGGGGAGAAACCAUAUAGAUGUGAUAUGUGUGAGAAAACCUUCAUCCAAAGCUCAGAUCUUAUUUCACACCAGAGGAUCCACAAUUAUGAGAAACCUUAUAAAUGUAGCAAAUGUGAGAAGAGCUUUUGGCAUCACUUAGCCCUUUCAGGACACCAGAGAACACAUGCAGGUAAAAAAUUCUAUACAUGUGACAUUUGUGGCAAGAAUUUUGGUCAGAGCUCCGAUCUGCUUGUCCAUCAGCGAAGCCAUACAGGUGAGAAACCCUAUCUGUGUAGUGAGUGUGAUAAGUGCUUCAGUCGAAGUACAAACCUCAUAAGGCACAGAAGAACUCACACAGGUGAGAAACCAUUUAAAUGUCUGGAGUGUGAAAAAGCUUUUAGUGGGAAAUCAGAUCUUAUUAGCCACCAGAGAACUCAUACUGGUGAAAGGCCCUACAAAUGUAACAAAUGUGAGAAAAGUUAUCGACACCGUUCAGCCUUCAUUGUACAUAAAAGAGUUCAUACUGGAGAGAAGCCCUAUAAGUGUGGUGCCUGUGAGAAAUGCUUUGGCCAGAAAUCAGACCUUAUUGUACACCAGAGAGUCCACACAGGUGAGAAGCCGUAUAAAUGCUUGGAAUGUAUGAGAAGUUUUACUCGGAGUGCCAACCUAAUUAGGCACCAGGCAACUCAUACUCACACUUUUAAAUGCCUUGAAUAUGAAAAAAGUUUCAACUGUAGCUCAGACCUUAUUGUGCAUCAGAGAAUUCACAUGGAAGAAAAACCACAUCAGUGGUCUACAUGUGAGAGUGGCUUCCUCCUAGGUAUGGACUUUGUUUCCCAACAGAAAAUGAGAACUCAAACAGAGGAACUACAUUAUAAAUACAGUGUAUGUGAUAAAAGCUUCCACCAGAGCUCAGCACUUCUUCAACAUCAGACAGUACACAUUGGUGAAAAACCAUAUGUUUAUAAUGUGGGUGAGAAAGGUCUUGAGCUCAGCCCUCCCCAUGCAUCUGAAGCCUCACAAAUGUCUUGACCAGACAAGAAGUUACAGUAUCACAAAAAAAAAACAUAUUUACAUGUCAAAACUCACUAAGAUGAAGAACUCUAGGCAAAUAUCUGACUUUCCUCAGAGCUCAGACUUCAGUGGGGACAAGAGAACAUAAAAUUGUAGGAAAUAGGAGAAAGGCUUUGACCUGCUCCAACAGAACAUCUUGUCAGACACUCCAAUGAGAAUUUCCUCAAAUGCCUUCAGUUUUGGAAAACCUUUACUCUGAGCUCAGACUUGGUCACUCAUAAAAGGAUUCAUACAGGUAGGAAAACUUACACACACAGUGAGUAUGAGAGCUUUCUAGCAGUGUCCAGCCCUCCUCAUUGCAAGAGAAUUUACACCAGAGAACAACUUUUUAAAUGCCUUCAGUGUCAGCUGUGCUUGAGACAGUAUGUACAUCUUAUUGGACAUCAAAACCCACCCUGGGGAUAAGCCCCAGCAAGUGUGGAGAAAAAGGCUUCUAACUAAACUCUUGACUUCCUUACCCAUCAGAGAAGCCAUACUGAUGGAAAAUUGUAUAUUUGUCUUGAGUGUGGCAAAAACAUUGGAGAGCCUUACUUGGGUACCAAAAAAAAAAAAAAGAAAAUUGAGGAAAGACCUUACACGUGUCUAAAGAGAAAAGCUUGUCAAUGAUUAACAUUUAUGGUACAUCAGGAAACUUGCAUAAGUGGAAAAACAAACACAAAUACGGAGUCUGAAAAAGCUUUGCUAGAAGCUCCUGUCAUUAUUGAGCCCCAAAGAACCCAUUCUAUGGAAAAUUUUGCUCCAGUGAGAGAGCUAAUUGUGGGUGAGAAAAUGUGUACAUAUUAUAUGUAUGAGAAUUGUUCAAUAGUUAGUUGGACCAUAUGGUAGAGAUAACUUUAAAUGAAGUCAGUAUGGAAAUAGGUUUUUAGGUACCCACAAGCUUGUUCUGGAAGGAGCUAGGGCAGGUCAAAAUAGACCUGAUGGGUAACUCAGGUAAAGAUGCUUUUCUUUUAUCUGAACCACUUAAUGAUUGCUUUACUUUCAGUUUUUAAAAUUCAAAGAUCCAAUAAAGGAAAGUAUUGUAACCUU